AUGCCACCGUCAUGGAAAUUAUUAACCCGAUUCCAUCCAGGUUCUUACUGCACCUUGGUCGAUUUCAAAGGGACCCUUUACUUGAUAGACGAGGAAGAUAUGUGGGAGACUCAAGUUCUGAAAUUGUGGGGAUGGAAAUUGAUAGACAACGAUCCUUCUUCUUGCUCUGCUACCUGGGAUUGGGCCAUAGAGUCUUCAAUGGAGGGAGAACUAAUGAUAUGUUGUCUUGAUCAACCCGGAAAGCCCUACUAUCAUAUCUGUAAUCCGGAUAAAACGGAAACCAGGAAAGUGGAACACGAGAACCUAGAGUGUUGCCGGAUUAUGUCAUUUGGGUUCUUAUGGGAACAAGAUUGGUCAUCUUUUGAGAGUGUUACUAAUUCUUCAAGGUCACCAGAUGAUAUAUUAUGCAUCAAGGCACGGCAUUCCCAAACUUCUAUUGAACAUCAUGGAGCUAGCCGCCAGGAAAUUUUGAAUCGACUUUACGCCGACGGACGGAGUUACGAGGAUCUGUUUAGUGGCGGAUGGAGAAGCCGAUGGCCUAUUAUAUCGUAG